UUGGGACGGACAGACGAACGACUAGAAAGAAAGUAGCAAAAAUAUCAAACAGUUUCAGUUUCGUUUUCAGUUGAGUUGAGUUUUAUUUUUAUUUAUUUGAAAUAAACUAAUUUAGAUUGUUGUACGAACAAGUAUUUAUAUUUUUGUGUUAUAAAAAAAAGUUUGUUAUUGUUAUACGAUCGAGUACUUCAUUCAGUAGCACAGAGAGCUUUAGUCUGUCUAACCAUCUAGUCAAUCAGUUAUUGGGAGCUGUUGAACGAAGCAACCCCACUAAACACAACUACUACUUAACUGGAAACGCAAAGAAAUAAAAUUGAAGUUUUUUUUUUAAUUGAAAACCAAUAAUUUUUUAGUAAAUUGAAAAUUAACUUAAAUAAAUAUGACCAGCAGUUUAGCACGUUUACGUUUAAUAACCUUUGAUGUCACCAAUACCUUGCUGAAAUUUCGCACCAGUCCCGGUAAACAGUAUGGAGAAAUUGGAGCUCUUUUUGGGGUUCUAUGCGAUAAUGAUGAUUUGGCUAAAAGUUUCAAAUCCAAUUGGCACAAAAUGAAUCGUUUAUAUCCAAAUUUUGGUAGAACCUCAGCUUUAAUGGAUUGGCAGCAAUGGUGGCGUGAGUUAAUAUCACAUACCUUUGAUGAAUGUGGCGCCAAAAUUCCAGAUGAAAAAAUCGAUAACUUCACCAAUCACUUGUUGGACUUAUACAAAUCGACCUCGUGUUGGGAACACUGUAAUGGCAGCAUUGAUUUACUCAAUUACUUGCGCAUGCAACAGCAGCUGGGUAUGAAGGAAUCACCCAAUCGUCAGCCACCCUUUGCUAUGGGCGUCAUAGCUAAUUUCGAUCCACGUCUAGUAGUUCUAUUGAAAAAUCUUAAAAUUGAUCAUUACUUCGAUUUCAUUUUAAAUUCAUACGAUUGCAAAGAGGAAAAACCAAAUAAGGAAAUAUUCGGUAUGGCCAUUAAGGCAGCGGAUAUUAAGGAUCUCAAACCAGAACAGUGUCUGCAUAUAGGUGAUGGCCCCACCACCGAUUAUAUGGCAGCGAGAGCUUGUGGUUGGAAUGCCGCUUUGGUGCACGAACGUAAUGCCCAAUAUUUAAUGAAGAAAUACGGUGAAGAUAGAAUCGAUAAGAACUAUGUAUUUCCUAGUCUAUUUGAUUUCCAUAAAAAGUUAGCAAAUAAUUGUAUAUAUUGGUAGUUUAAGAAGAAUAAGCAUUGUUUGUGUUCAUUAUUAAGUUUCCUUCUUUUUUUUUUUGUAAUGUAUUUAAAUAAUUGUUAAUAAUAAAAACUAAAUAAAAUAACAAGUAUGUAGUUUA